AUGCGUUUUCAUAUCCUUGGUACAGGAGCUAUUGGUUGCCAUGUAGCAUCUAUCUUGCGCCCCCGACAUCCUAUCACUCUUCUUUUACGCUCAAAUGCAGCAGUCAAGACUUUCAAGGAAGAAAAGAAUAGCACUGUGAUCUACACUCGAAGCGACAAGCAGCCUAUCAAGGUUACAGGUUUUGACGCUGAGCCAGUAGGCACCUCAUUGCAAUCGCCGAUCGAGGCUCUUUUCGUGGCAACCAAAUCACAACAUGCUGUGGAAGCAGUACGAUCGGUACAGCCGCGUUUGUCACGGUCGAGCACGUUGGUGUUACUUCAAAAUGGCAUGGGUCUUGCCGAAGAGCUUUUGGAUAAGCUUUGGCCAAGCAUGGAAACAGCCCCUUCGAUCAUUAUUGGUGUCAAUCGUCAUGCAAUCGAACGUAUGGAGCCUUUUUCAGUGACUCAUUAUUCAGGAUGGGAUGAUCAAGAAGGUGGAUUAAUGCUUGGUGCUAUGCCACAUUCCGUGCCUGAAAACACAAGCAAGGUGUUGGAUGCCAUUACCCAUUUCGAGGAGUUUAAUUGCAAAGUAUUCCCGUGGGAAGAAUUACGUCGACGAAUGAUGCGUAAGCUGGUGGUAAAUGCAAGCAUCAAUCCUGUCGCAGCACUUCUCGGUGUCAAAAACGGUGCAUUGCGUGACAAUCCCGGUGCAGAAGCAUUGCUACGUGGUGUAUGCGAAGAGGCUCAUGCUUUGUUACCAGAGCUCAAUACCACGGCUGAUGAAUUGAUGGACAUGGUCAAAAAGACCGUUAUUAUUGCGGGUGGAAAUUCCUGUUCAACUUUGCAGGACCUUCGUGCAAAACGUCUCACCGAAGUCGACUACAUCAAUGGAUACCUUUUGAAACUAGCUCGUGAUCGCAACAUGGCUGCACCUGUUAAUGAAUACCUUACCAAUAUGAUCCAUGCAAAGGAGCGUGUUUUGGGAGCAAAAUAA